AUGGAGGUUGCCAACGAUAUGUGCAAUCUAGGAGAAGAUAUGCCAGAUGUUAAGGUGGUUCAGAAGAUUCUAUGGACUCUCGUAGAAAAAUUCACAUACGUUGUAUGUGCUAUCAAAGAAUCGAAUGAUGUCAAGAACAUGACGAUAGAUGGACUACAAAGCUCUCUGAUGAUCCACGAGCAGAAUCUCAGCAGGCAUACUGGGGAAGAACAUGCCGUGAAGGUUGAGGGACAGUGGAGAUCAGAUGGUGGUAGAGGCAGAGGAAGGAAUCAAACUGGAUCUCGUGGUAGAGGACGAGGAGGCAGUUUCGGUCGAGGACAAGGGAAUUCAAGCUUCACCAAAGAUACGGUUGAAUGCUACAAGUGUCAUAAGCUGAGAUACUUCAAAUCAGAGUGUCCAAGCUGGGAUAGGGAAGCAAAUUAUGCGGAGAUGGAGGAAGACAUACUUCUUAUGGCACAUGUAAAGGGAGCUGAAGAUGAAAAACAUAUUUGGUUCUUGGACUCAGGGUGUAGUAAUCACAUGUGUGGAGCUAAAGAGUGGUUCACUGAGCUUGACAACAACUUUCGUCAAAGCGUCAAGUUAGGACGUAGGAGAUGA